AAUUUUCUUACAUUGUAAUAAUAAUCAAAGCCAAAGUCAUCUUGCAAGAAAACAUCCUUUAGCUACACAAAAAUAAUUGGGCUGAUUUUGGGAUACCAAGUCAUGUCUACCAAUUGUAUCUCAACUUCAUCAUCUACCUGCAGCUACUUGAUCUGCCAUGGCCAAGGCAUCAAAGCUGCUCGAACUACAAAAUUUAGUUUUCCGGCAACAACCAAUCGCAAUCAAACCAUAGGGCGAACUCAGAGCCUCAGAAAGCUUGGAUUCAAAUAUGGAUCGAUUUCAUCGUUUAGAUCCAAAUCUAGGAUUUUGGUUCCAGUCAAUGCAUCAUCUUCACCAAAUGGUCCCUUUCCCUCUUCUUGGCAAACAUGGAUGGUGGGAAUCCUUAUGACAAUGUUUCUAGGCUACAAAGGAGGGCUACUCUCGAAACUUAAAUGCAAGAUUGAUCAAGCCGUACAAGUAGUCGGGAAUUUGGCAAGGGUAGUUGAAGAGGUUGGCGAAGAAGCAGAAAAGAUCGUAGAGGAGGUGGAGGAGAAACUCCCCGGAGAUUCAAAGCUUAGGCAAACGUUGGAGUCAUUCGAUAAUCUUGCAAAGCACGCCGUCAACGAUGCUAAAAAGGCCGAAGAAGUUGUUCACAAGGUAAAAGAUGUAGAAGAAGAAAUUGAAGAGACGAUCAAGAAAGGUGAGAAAGCUCAACCCAAGAAGAAAUUAUAAGUGUGCUUAUAAUAUAUAUAUAUAUAUAUACUUUAUGAAGUGUUUGAAUUGACCCAAUGAAGAAAUGAAACUUGCU